UUUCAGCACACCAGUUUACAACUAUAUAAAUAGAUAAUCGACACAGACCGGAACCGUCGACGCGAGAAAAAACAGUAAUCGAAUCGGGGAAUAUACGCCAUACUCAGGGCGUCGAAAAUUCCCCUGUCAACAAAAGAUUGUGAAAUACCUCUCAGCAUGGCAUUGUAUGAAAUUACACACAAAUGAUAGACAAGAGGCUGACAACACAAUGUAAAGAUGAAGAAAUGUCUGCUCUGUGUGCUGCUGAAGAUUCUGGUGUGUAGUUUUACCACUGCUGAUAAAUGCUCACCAAACCUGGAAGACAAGACUAUAUCGUUUGAUACAACAUGUCCAACUAACUGUUCGCAAGAGCCACCCAGAAUUGAUGGAGAUAAUACGUUUUUCAGCUGUUCUAUUGGUAUUCAGAAAGAUGUAGAUCAAUACAGAAAGGUCAACAAAAAGCAGUUCCUUCAAAAAUCUGCCAUCUUUGAUGCACCAGUGAUACAAGGAGUGGAACUUUACUGGAAACAAUUUCCUGGUCAUCAGUCAGAACAGUCCUUGAGGUUCAAUUUCACUUUACCAAAAGGAAUUGAAAGUUCAUGGAGGUUACCACAAGCUGUGCUUCUCAAGUUUAAGGCCUUACCAGGGAAACGUGUAGACAAAUUCUAUACAAAAUGUCCAAGGGAGAGAAUUUUCCAGUUCCACAACUAUAAAGCAGAUUCUUUUUAUGAUGUGUCAAAUCCAAAAAGAAAUAAUUUAUUCCCAGAAGUUUUCAAAGAGCGUCAGCUGAUGUUUGACUGUAUGGUAGGACUUGAGGGAAAUGUUUAUGCUAUCACUUUACAAACUGCUGAAGGAAAGAAUGCCACUUACAUAACUACAGUAACAGAUAGAGAGGAGAGUGGGUUAAACAUCUGGCAUCCUGUCAUCAUGACAUAUUUGAAUAAAACUGACUGGUCCUUGUACGUGGUUGUAGAGAAACCGCCAUCGGGGUACAAAGUGCAGAGUUACCGGAUCAGCCUUGUUCAGAUCUGGCUUGGAGUUAUACGCACUACAGAAAUAGAUCUGAAGGAAAGAAACUCCACAGUGUUUUCUAAUCUUAAAAAGGGACAAUAUAAAGUGAAGGUUACACCAAUAUGUAGGACAGCAUGUAAGAAACCUGUAAAUCAUUCAACAGAAUCAGCUAUAAUAGAUGCAGGGGAACUAGAUUCAGAAGAUUAUCCUCAUUAUCUAGAAGAAACACUGGAACCUAUGAAAGUGGUUGCCAUGGUAGCAGGAUGCAUCAUGGGAGUAACACUUCUGCUGUCUAUUACAUACUGCAUAAGACAACGACCAAAAUGUCAGGAAAAUAGCCAUGGGAGUGUGCCUUGUGGCCUUCUUCUACAUCCUUUUGAAUGUCAUUCUACGACUGGUGAAUAUGAUCUCGUAAUAAAACUGAACCGAUACAUUAAUGAAGCGUGUGACUGCACAGUAACCAACUAUCUGGAUUUGCAGUUGCAAAGAGCUGAAGUUGGACAGAGUGAAAUCGUAGACAAAACUCUAAAAGAUUGCACAUUUGUUCUGGUCUUGUACACCUCAAAUUGUUUUAAUGCUGACGCAAUGAAUUACGAUACUGAUUUUUAUUCAUGUGUUUUAAAAGCAGCAGUUGAUCGUAGAAGGAGUCAUAAUGAUAUCCGGAUAAUACCUUUACGAUUUCUCUUUAACAGCAAUAAUGACGUUUCAACUGUGAUUAGCUCUAUUAAUAUACCAGCUGUCAAUUUUAUGGAUGAUCCAGACAAAGUUUAUUGUAAAAUUCAUGGUUUGGACAAAAGACCACCAAGCACAAAGUGUUUACAAAAUGAAAAUUCGUCACAGUUUAGAGACAUGUGGUCUGAUCUAAAAGGGACUGUUGAUCGGGUUAAUAGGAAUAAUUAUGAUGUUGAACAUGGUGAGUCUGAACGAUUGUUACAACAGUAUGGUAUUCUAGGUGAAACUGCGAGAGAAAUUCCAGUACUUCCUAAAGAAGUUGAUAAACCUGUUGGUAAGGUAACUGGUAAAAGACAGUUUCGAGAGAUUGCAAUGAUGAAUGCAGAAACUGACUCAUUGAUAGGGAAGCAAGAGACUGUUCAUUCUCAAGAAAGAGCUAAACUGUUUGAAGGAUAUACUAGAAGCCAAAAUAGUUGUCAUCCCCAUACAAAGGAAAAUGAAACCUCUAAAAUUAAAGAAAGUAUAAGAAGGGCCAAUUAUGAACCAAAGUUAGAAAGUCAUAGAGAACAGUUUGAGAAAGCAGAAAGUUAUAGUGCACAAAAACUUAACCAGCGAAAUGUACAAAUGUGUGAGGCAGAAGUGCAUUAUUCUGGAGAAAACACAGUUACCUCUUGCCCCUUGCAAAGCAGACAGCCUGAUUUACAUUGUCAUGGUUGGCAGAUUUCUUUACCUGAGGACUCUGCACAUCAACUACAGAGUUCUGGUAAAAAAGAUGAAAUACACAACAAGAAGUUUAGAUCUGAAAAACACCAGUUGCAUUUUAAUAAUAAAAGAGAUCAGAAUGAAGGACAUAAUGAAUUUGUACCUGUUAUGAAUUUUAAUGCUGAAGAUUCUGAUUUAGAAGACUUUAUUUUGGGUGAACCUGAGAGGAAAGAUUUAGAGACGGGUGAUGAGGAAGAGGGUGCACAUUUUUUAGGCAGACAUGAUAUGCCACUGUUUUUGCAUGGAAAUCUUCAUCAUCAUCCUUACCAUUGUCAAAAUCGAGUAUUUGAUCAUAGAAAUCCAGCGCAUUCAAACAAUAUUUUCCAUGAAGUUUAUCAAAGUCAGUUGUCUGAUCAACCAUACCUGCAUCACCAUGGUAACAUGCAUUUUCGUAACCAAAGACCUCAUUUUCGACCCGUAAUGACUCAUCAACAAAUGUUUCAUCAUGGCCACAGCAGCUUUCAUCAAUAUCAGCCAGAUGAUUACAUUCCAAGGAAUCAUAAUCACCAAGGGGGUCUUCCAGCUGAGCAUCUGAGUAACUUUGAUCAAGAAAACUUCUCUGAUCACCAUCACUGUCAUCAGCAGCAGAAGCACCACUUGAAUAAUUUACAACAUCCAGUUGAACAUUUUAAUGAACCUGAACAGUGUUUAAUGCCACCAGUAGCCCAUGAGCAAAUUAUGAAUAAUUGUAAACAAGAUAUGACUUUGCAGUCUCCAACUUUAAACUUUGAUGCAGUUGAUCCCCCAAAUGAUUUGAUGAAAGGGACUGACCAAACAGCAGGUAUUGACAAAAAGGUUGAAAAUACAAAGCAGAAGGUAACUGAUCUAUCAAAAGCGAGUUCAGUUCAUAGCUUGCCCACAGAACUUGAGGGCUGUAUGUGGAUUAAACCAGAUGAUUUUGGAAGUGACAGCCUGCAACCUCCUAGUUACAGUCCCGAGCCGCCAGAAGAUCUAGAUAAUAUAACAGACUCCCAGAUCCUUGACCAGAUGAUGCAGAUCAAUGAAAAUAACACUUGAUAUAAAAUUAUAUAUGUUAUAUUAUGUAACAGUUAAAUAGUGAUUGCUUGAAGUUGCAAGGUUAUGAGCAGAAUGCUUGAGUUUUGAGCCAACCAAACGUAAAAGAAGGAAGUCAGCAUGGGGCCAUUUUGCAUUGCUCCAGUCAGGCCAGGUUCUUGAGCUGUCAAUGCUCAAAUUAGCUUCACUUAUCCUGCUACAUUUCUAUAAUGGAUUUGGACAGACCAUUAACUGUUUAAAGGGAUGCUUACCUUAAAGAUACUGACUGAAUAGCUAAUAGUGUGGAUCAUGAUCUGGUCACAAGACAGAAUCAGUCGUGUCCAGCAUAAUAAGUAGUUGUAUUUUUGCUCAAAGUACUGUAGAAUUGUUAUUUUUCUUGUCAUUUUUAGCUCACCUGAGCACAAAGUGCUCAGGGUGAGGUAUUGUGAUCGCUCACCGUCCGGCGUCCGUCCGUCCGUCCGUCCGUCCGUCCGUCGUCCGUCCACACUUUCCUUUAAACAACAUCUCCUCCUAAACCAACAGGCCAAUUUUGAUGAAACUUCACAGGGAUGUUCCUUGGAUGGCCCCCUUUCAAAAUUGUUCAAAGAAUUGAAUUCUAUGCAGAACACUGGUUGCCAUGGCAACCGAAAGGAAAAACUUUAAAAAUCUUCUUCUCAAAACCAGAAGACCUAGAGCUUAGAUAUUUGGUGUGAAGCAUUGCCUAGUGGACCUCUACCAAGUUUGUUCAAAUCAUGACCCCGGGGUCAAAAUUGACCCGCCCCAGGGGUCACUUGAUUUUACAUAAGAAAAUCUUAAAAAAUCUUCUUCUCAAAAACCAGAAGCCUUAGAGCUUAGAUAUUUGACAUGUAGCAUUGCCUAGUAGACCUCUACUAAAAUUGUUCAAAUCAUGACCCCGGGGUCAAAAUUGACUCUGC